AUGAAUAUUGCACAGAUGAAACACGAGACCACGAAAGUGCCCGUCGUCGAUACAAAGGUCUCGAACGAUAAUGCAUCCGAGAUAGCGAGCUUUACGAUAUAUAUUGAUCCCGAGAAAGAAUCCGCCGCUCUGAGAAAGUUUGACGUGUACCUUCUCCCAGUCUCGGUGGUAUUUCUCGUUCUUUCUGCUCUGGACCGAAACAAUCUUGGAAAUGCCCGAGUCUUUGGCUUUGAUAAAGAUAUUGGACUCAAGGGAGACGAAUUUGGCAAUAUUACCCUGCUGUCUAGUCUCUGCACGAUAGUAUUCGAAGUGCCUUGGGUGUUAGCAGUCAAACGCUUCGGUGCUAAUAAAUCGCUCGGUACCGCUCUUAUCCUAUGGAGUUGCUGUACGCUUGGGACAGCAUUCAUCCAAAACUACGGCCAGGCUAUUGCUGUUCGUAUGUUAUUGAAUACCUUUGAGGCUGGUCUCGCUCAGAGUUUCGCCUAUCUUUUCUCCACUAUUUAUCCCCGAGAAAGAAUAGGUAAACGCAUCAUGACAACUAAUCUCGCGAUGUGUAUUUCUGGUGCUUUUGGUGGGCUCUUCGCAUAUUCUGUGCAGACUAUGGGAAAUCAACGUGGUCUUGCCGCAUGGAGGUGGCUAUUUAUUAUCGAAUUCUGCAUUACUGUGCUUGUUGGGGGUAUCGGCUGGAUCCUUCUUCCAACCUCAGCCGAAAAAGCAUGGUUCUUAAGUGAAGAAGAACAGAAGACCAUGCGUCUAAAGAGGCAGCGUGAUUUUGUGCACCGAGGCGAAGACAACUUUGAUCCUAAGUGGGUAAAGUUUGCUCUUACCGACCCCUUUAUCUGGUUCCUGGGCACUGGGUUCUUCACAUCAUCCGUGGCGAUUAAUGGAUUCGGUGUCUUUUGUCCAACCAUCAUCGCUGGCCUUGGCUUUCCUUCGUUGCAAGUUAACUAUUUAACUGUUCCAAUCUAUGUUCUUGGUGCUAUUUCGCUUAUCACACAAGUUUACUAUUCCGAUAAGCUCAACAAACGUGGCGUAUUUAUAGUCGGAUCCUGCAUUCCGGUUGCAGUUGGAUACCUGAUCUGUAUCUUUACAGCAAAUACCGUCGCUGGGAAUGCUCAGAAGGCAAAGCUUCUCGCCGAAGGCGCUACGACAAAUGGUCUGGAAGGGGACAUGAGCUUAGAUUCGAUGUACAUCCUAUAA